GAUUUUCAAAUCACCUUCUUGCUCGCGCCGUCUUUGUAGGAGUUUCCAUACCUCAUUGCACAAGGCCAUGCCUCUGAAUUUCAAAUCCGUGUACCCGGCAGAGGAGCCGGAAUUUUUGUCUUUUCCUAGCAGGAGGAGUGUUGUUCAUAGCACUCAGGGUAUGAUAGCAUGUACUCAACCUCUUGCGGCAAGAUGUGGACUCAAAAUUCUGGAUGCUGGUGGAAAUGCUGCUGAUGCAGCAGUAGCUGUUGCCGCUGCUUUAAAUGUCACAGAGCCAUCCUCUACUGGAAUCGGUGGUGAUAUGUUUUGCCUCUGGUACAAUGCCAAAAGCAAGAAGAUUGAAGCAAUGAAUGGCUCAGGAAGAGCUAGUGCUAAGUCCACUUUGGAAGCAGUCCGAAAAGAUUUGGGAUUGAAGGAUGGGGAAGCAGGAAACGUCCCUCAGAACAGUAUCCAUGCAGUCACAGUUCCAGGAGCUGCAGCUGGUUGGGUUGAUACUGUUGAGAGAUUUGGGAGUGGAAAGUUAACUUUGGAGCAAAUAUUAGCCCCAGCCAUUGAAUUAGCCGAGAAUGGAUUUCCAGUUUCAGAUAUUGCUUCGAGUAUGUGGAGAGCACUUGAAAAACACCUCAUUGAAGCGUCACCAAACUACGCCGAGUUAUUGAAAAAGGGCCCGGACGGUUUUCGCGGCCCUGAGCCAGGAGAGCUAUUCAAAAACAAAUCCCUAGCAGCAACAUUUCGAGCUCUUGCCAAGGAAGGCAAGAAGGGAUUUUAUACCGGCCGAAUCGCUGAAGCAAUUGUUAAAGUUACCAAAGACCGAGGAGCCUUCCUUGGACUUGAGGAUCUGAGAGAUCAUCUCGAAAGGGGAAGCGAGCCAGUUGAUCCCAUAUCUUAUGUUUUCAAAGGACAAGGUUACAUUAAGACGCAUGGUGAUUUCGUCGAUGGCUCCUCAGGCCAAGGGACAAACGAAGAUAACCACGGCCUAGAAAUCUGGGAACACCCUCCCAACGGACAAGGGAUCGUCGCCCUAAUGGCUAUUGGUAUCUUCGAGUCCCUCGAAGAGACCGGUAAGAUCCCACGUUUCACUUCCGCUGACCACAACUCCGCUCAAUACCUACACGCCGUCAUCGAAUCCCUCCGAAUAGCCUUCGCCGACGCAAGCUGGUGGAUCGCCGACCCCUCACACUCCAAAGUCCCCUCUUCGACAUUAAUCUCAAAACCCUACCUUGCCGAACGAGCCAAGCUUUUCGACCCCUUGAAAGCCUCCUCCAAGAUCUACGACCGAGGCAGCCCAGCACAUAACCACAGCGACACAGUCUACUUCGCCGUCACCGACAAAGAAGGGAACGGUAUCUCCUUCAUAAACUCGAUCUUCGACUCUUUCGGCUCGGGAAUUAUCCCCGAAGGCACCGGCUUCGUGCUCCAGAACCGCGGUGCGAGUUUCCAGCUCACGGAAGGCCAUCCGAAUGUCAUUGCGCCGGGCAAGAGACCGUAUCAUACCAUCAUCCCUGCUAUGGUUACCAAUGUGCACGAUGGCUCUUUACAUUCUGUUUACGGGGUUAUGGGCGGCUUCAUGCAGCCUCAAGGACACGUGCAAGUUCUGCUUAACACAAUUUCGUUCAAGCAUAACCCGCAAACUGCGCUUGAUGCUCCGAGAUUCUGUAUCGGGGCGGAGGGCAUACCAGGCGAUCCAUAUGAAAGGACUGUCUUUUUGGAGGAGGGAAUUGGUGAGAGUGUUUGUCAGGAGCUGAGGGAGAUGGGCCAUGGUGCGAAGAUUGUUAAGGGAUAUGGUAGGAGAGUGUUUGGUAGGGGACAGUUGAUUAGGGCGCAUGUUGAGGACGAGGUGACGGUUUAUAGUGCGGGGAGUGAUCCGAGGGGUGAUGGGGCUGCUUUCCCUGGAUAGAGGGUUGGUACAGAUGUGAGAUUAUUGUGAUGAAGUCAUAGAGAAUUUGAAAACGAAACGCUUCCGUGGUGGGCU